AUCAUUGGCAACGCUGUGACGAACUUCCUGUACAGCCUUGUUGCACUUUUGUUUGCAAUCUUCAUGAAUAAAUAAAUAAACCGUUAGGAAAACCUGUUUGCUGUAGCAUAAAAAAAAGAUUAGAUCUGGCUAUAGUGCACGCGUCGCUGGUGUUAAUGCAAGCAGUGAGGACAAAAGUGGCUCGCUCCCGCAAACAGACCAGACUUUAUUGAACGUUCGCCGUCGCACGGAGACAACUUAAGUGAACAGAGCUCGCUUUGGACGCCACGUCCGGACAAGAUAAGACGAAGUAUUCGCUCAUAAACUGCACAGGGCCACCUAUUCUUCUCUUUAUUCCUGCUGUUAGCCGACUAGCAAGGCUGCGAUAUAGCAAGUAGCGUUAAAGCUGCAACAAAAAGAAGGGAGGAAGCGGAAGGUCUGCUGACUGUCAUCUGGAAACACAUCGACCAAGAAGCCCGAUGUUGCGAAAUCGCUGAAUUAUCCCCUUCGCUUCUGCGGAGAAUGGCCGACCGCCGAAUAGCUGCGAUAACACUGGCUCCACACCUUCAUCGCGCUCUCGUCUCCUCUUCUCUCCUGCAGGAAGCCUUCAUUGCCAUUGAGGGGAUUUAUGGGCUCACAAGUUUCAUCUGAUGAAAUGAGUGUGCGUGCCGGCCAGGGGAGUGAUGAGGUGCUGGUGUCACAGGCUGUGUGGGACUACCUGGCUGCGGCCGGGAGGCCGUGGCUCCUCGACUUCCAGCACAAACAGGGCAUGAGCGCCGGCAUAAUCCGGCGGGGAGAGCGAGGUGGCUGCUGUGCUGUGAGGCUGCAGCCCGUUGGAGGCUCCAGGCUCUCCGGGGUUACAGACGCACCCGUCUCCAGCGAGGCGAGGAAAGCUUUCAUCGACCUGUGCCGCUGCGCCCGCAAAGAGAUGAGCAAGCAGGAGGGCGGCUCCAAACGGAAGAGGACCCUACUGCCCUGCGUGGGGGUCCUGGAGCCCAAAGGAGAGGGGAACCCGCUUCACGCUCAGCCGCCACCGCCGCAGCCUCGCCGCUCUCAGAGACAGCAGCAGCAGAAGUUCAGGAAGGCUGCCGAAGAAGAGGCCUGCUCCAUGUUCCACGAGGUGGCCCACAAGAAGGAUUGUGAGACAGCUUCCCACAGCGAGGCCGAGGACAACACGUCAUGCUCCAUUUGCAUGGGGGACAUUGUGGAGAAGACCACCCUGGAAAAGUGUGGCCACUCCUUUUGCCGCUCUUGCCUGGAUCAAGCUUUCAAGGUGAAGAGGGCCUGUCCUGUGUGUCGGCUUGUUUACGGCCAGUUGAUUGGUAACCAGCCCGCCAAUGGCACCAUGAUUGUUGAGCGAGAUCCGUACCUGCAGCUUCCAGGUCACGAAGGCUACGGGUGUAUCUGCAUCAUUUACAGCUUCCCUUCUGGCUCACAGGCGCUAGAGCAUCCAAACCCGGGUGUGCGGUACACAGGAACAGACCGUGUGGCCUACCUCCCUGACAGCCCUGAGGGGAACCGCGUGCUGGGCCUCCUGCGCCGGGCCUUCGAGCAGCGCCUUACUUUCACGAUCGGUACCUCGAUGACGACAGGAUUUCAAAACGUCAUCACCUGGAACGACAUUCACCACAAGACCUCAAUAUGGGGAGGGCCCCGCUGUUUUGGCUACCCAGACCCCACUUAUCUAGUGCGAGUGACAGAGGAGCUCAGAGAGAAAGGCAUCACUGCAGACUGAUAGCACUAAAGUGAAAACACCUUCAGGACUUGCGGGUGUCAAGGUGGUGGACAUUGCUUGGCUCCAGGUUUUUUCUGUCAAUGUUCUCCCGCUCGGUCCCCGUGAAGGUGUUUGGGCCCUCAGCAGACAGUUGCUGCAACCGAGUCCCCAUCCAUUCAUUUGCACUCAUUUUUCCUCGAGGGUUCAGUUUAAAUUGUGUGAGGAAGGCGAGAAUGAGUGCCGUGCAUUCUCAAAGGACACAAUCCUCCACCUGUUUCUUUUGGCAAUAGCACUCGCAUCUGUUGCACAUGCUUGAAUUCAUGGUAUUUUAUUAUUAUUUAGGAUAUCGCACUUGCUCUUAUGAUGACAAAUUUGUUAAGAAUGUUUGUGUUUCUGCUCUGGCCAUUUCAUAAUCACUUAGACACAUGUUUAUGGUUUUGUCUUAGUUUGUUUGCUCAAGUCUCUAAAGUAGAUGUCCUUAUUUCCAAGUUAACAGAAAAGCACUGCUAUUUUUUCCCCCACUUUCUCCUAAAGUUAUUGCAUUCUACUGCAGUCAGCGGCACUUUUUUGAUAAAUGAGUGUUUGUUUCUUUAUAACGCACCUGUUUUCUUCCUGAUUCUUUUCAAACAUUUAGGGGAAGCAGUUCACAAAAGUUGAUGUAAUUUGUUUUUCCUAAAAUGAGAAGUGUGUUAAAUGAUAUGUUCCUUUAUAUAGCGCACACCAGGAUGCCCUUCCUGCUGGCCAACAGUCACCCAUCUUGUUUCAGGAUGUCUCUCAGGCAUCAAGCCCAUGACCUUACUUGUUAGUAAUCCGCUCAUCUAAUUAUCAGAUUUAUGAAGAUGUCAAAUAUUAAGGGCAUAUCAGCCACUAAACCAAAUCAAAGGCACAAACGCUCUUUAAAAAAAUCUAAUCUAUGCCUCUGUCCCUGUUAUUCUGGGAGAUUUGUUUGCUGGAGCUCAUUAAAAAUGAGACCGCUGUUGGAAAUAUGUCAUCGGAAUUCAUGAUAUAUCUACAAAGGGAAAAAAAUUAAACUAUGAUUAAUGAUUCAAAUUGUUAAGAUGUGGGUUUUGUUGUGCCUUUACUGAUGCUUACUUUUGAUACAACUCAAGCAUGUUCCAAUGGAUGGUAGACAAAGUACAUUUGAGCAUAUUUCAAUGUUUUUGGUAAACAGGAUGAUGUUUGUUGCUGUACUCAAAUGGCUUUAAGGUAAAAUACAAUGUUCAUUCAAACAUUUUAUUUGGAUGAUCUUUUCCUUGAACUUUGUAGUCCAAAUAUUCUUGAUUUUAAAGACAAGUUCUAGGGAGGUGAUUUGCUAAGUGCAGUAACCUGCUUGGCCAGUGAUACAUUAAUCCCCUUUGGUUUUACACCCCCAUAUUUUUGUUAAGGGACCAAGUGGUUUUCUUUUUUUUGGACACAGGAUUGUAGUUUACUAAAAACUACUGUGCAAACAUUUCUAUGCAUUAUGAGGUAGAGGAGUGGCCAAGAGGAGGCGAACCGUUUGAGAGCUUACACAUGGUACAAAUAGAUAAGGUUCCAGUUUUGCUUUUCUAACUGUCAAUUUGUUGAUAUUCAGAAUAAUGUGCUUUACAUUUUAAUACUUGAAUAAAAAACUUAUGUUUGA